AUGGUGCUUGGUCCAGGGCAACGUCUGCUGCUGCGUGCGCUCGUCGUGGUGGGCAAGUAUCCCGUCCUCGUCGUGUCUGCUGCCUACCUCCUUGACCGUUAUGCCGGCUGGGCGAUCCCUGCGUGGAUCGUAUGGCUGUCGGCGCUCGGAAUCAUCCCUCUCGUCGCCUUUGUGGCAGUGCGGAUCAGGUACUGGCGGAUCCACCGUGCCGCGGAACGUAAGGGCGCCAUCAUCGCGCCUGGCUGGAGUGGUAAGUGGCCCGGAAACCUGGAUGUCCUCCAGGCCGUAUUGCAGAGCUUCAGACACGGAUACCCAGGCGACAUCCUACUAGAGAAGUUUGGACAGCUCGGUCCUACCUAUCGGUUCAACGUCCUAUGGGACUUUGGUAUUAUGACAUGCGAUCCUGCUAUCAUCAAAACUAUCCUUGCCACUGAGUUCCAGAACUAUGAGAAAGGUCAGUUAUUCCAAGAACAGAUGAACUCUUUAUUGGGGACCGGGGUCUUCAACUCGGAUGGGGACAUGUGGAAAUGGCACCGUUCAAUGACGCGUCCUUUCUUCAGCAAGGAUCGCAUCAGUCACUUUGAGCUCUUUGACAGACAUGCUGAGGCUGCCCUGGACAAGAUGAGGGAGCGCUUCCGCGCAGGCUACGCGAUCGACUUCCAGGACCUCGUCUCGCGCUUCACCCUCGACUCCGCUACGGAGUUCCUCUUCGGGGCAUGCGUCCACUCCCUCCGCUCCACCCUUCCCUACCCGCACAACAUCUCCGCCGCCUCGCCCUCCUCGCCCUUCCCCUCCACCUCUGCCGCGCCGCCGUCGCCGACUGCGGAGGCAUUCGCGACGGCGUUCUCGAAGGCGGAGCACCUCUGCGCGGAGCGCGCGACGAUGGGCAAGGUCUGGCCGCUCUCGGAGAUGCGCGAGGACAAGACGCGCGAGCACAUGCGUGUCGUGGACGAGUAUCUGCAUCCUAUCCUCGAAGAGGCGCUCCGGAAGAAGGCUGAGAGGGAGAGGGAGAAGGCCCGGGUUAGUGGUGGGAAGGUUGGGGAGGACGCGGAUGAGAUUGAGGAGGGCGAGACGCUGAUGGACCAUUUGGCUAAAUUCACGAGCGACUUGACAGUCCUGCAUGACGAGGUGCUCAACAUCCUGCUUGCGGGACGUGAUACGACGGCAACUACGCUGACCUUCACGGUGUACCUCCUGGCCAUGCACCCUGACGUCCUCAAGCGCUUGCGCGCGGAGGUGUUGGAGAAGGUGGGUCCGAAGCAGAGGCCGACGUACGGGAAUAUAAAGGAGAUGCGCUACUUGCGGGCUGUCAUCAACGAGACUCUGCGUCUGUACCCUGCUGUGUCAGUAAAGUCUUCCAUCGCGUCGUUGAACGAAGGCCUUCUCCCGAACGCCAAUGGCAAGCCGUUCUACGUCCCCGCCAAAGUACUUGUGUCGUACUCAGUGUGGGCCAUGCACCGUAGGGAGGAGUACUGGGGUCCCGAUGCCCAGGAGUAUGAUCCUGACCGAUUCCUCGACGAGCGCGUGAACAAGUACCUCACUCCCAACCCAUUCAUCUUCCUCCCAUUCAACGCCGGGCCGCGGAUCUGCCUCGGGCAGCAGUUCGCAUACAACGAGAUGUCGUUCUUCCUGAUCAAGCUCCUGCAGCGCUUCUCGACGAUGGAGCUCGCGCCGGAUGCAGCGCCCCCGAACACGCUGCCCCCGAAGGAGUGGGCGCGCGCGCCCGGCAGGAAGGGCAAGGAGAAGGUCUGGCCGAAAUCGCACUUGACGCUCUACGCAACGGGUGGCGUGUGGGUGAGGAUGACGGAGGCAGAGGAGGGCGAGGUCGAUGUGCAGGUGUGA